UAGGUGAAAUCCCUCUUCAAACUCCCUCCUCCUCAGGCACUGCCCCCAAAUCUCCAGGAAUUUCCCAUGCUGGAGAUGGCAACCCUAUGACUGAAUUUACUCUAAAAGACCACUUUCUGAAGCUGCUAGCACUUCCUCUAGCUUUCAUUGCUACAUUGUCUAAGAUGAGAGACCCAACACAAAGGAUGCAUUCUAGCAGCAAACAUCUCCUAGGAGGGAUGAAUCCAGCAAAAGGGGACCGGGUGGGUAGUUUGAGGGUGGAUGGCCAGCUUUUCAACCGCCCCCGCUGCAAAUGGGACCCAGGCCAGUCUCUCAAUAAAGCUCCCCAAGGUGCUGAAGCUGGUAGACAGAGUAAAAAGAAGUCCAGGAAACACCAGCGUUGUAUGGCGCGUAGAAUGCUGGAAUGGAAGGAGCUUCUGAGACACACACUGGAGGAAGAGACCCUGUGCAUGGCGUCAGACCCCUCCAAGACCUGCCAGAUGCAGGGUCGGGAAGCCAGCCAGUUGCCCAUGGAGGAGGUGGAGAAGAAAUGUAGCACGUUCUGUCCAGCAACGUUGGUUCCAUCACCAGGAACAGCCGGGCAAUGUUCAUCUUCCCAAGACCUUACAAAUGUGGUACCCUUUCCCUGCAGCUCUGCUUCAGACACAGAUUCUUUCUCUUAUCUCAAGCCCAAGUCUAAGAAGCCGGUGGCCAUAGACUGUGAAAUGGUGGGCACAGGUCCUGCUGGGAAAGUGAGUGAGCUGGCUCGGUGUACAGUGGUGAAUUAUGAUGGUGAUGUGAUCUAUGACAAGUACAUCCGGCCACAGCUUCCAGUUGUGGACUAUAGGACUCGGUGGAGUGGGAUCACCUGGCGGCACUUGGAGACGGCAACCCCUUUCAUGACAGCUCGGGCAGAGGUCCUCCAGAUUUUAAAAGACAAAAUUGUGGUGGGACAUGCUAUUCACAACGACUUCCGAGCCCUGAAGUAUUUCCAUCCCCAAGCAUGGACGCGUGACACUAGCCAGAGCCCCCUCCUGAGAGGGAAGGGGGGGCUGCCUCUGAAAGCCAGUGUAUCUCUCAAGAGCCUAGCUAAGAAGUUGCUACACAAACAGAUUCAGGUGAGCAAAAGUGGGCACUCAUCAGUAGAAGAUGCUCAGGCCUCUAUGGAACUGUACCGAUUGGUGGAGAUACAGUGGGAGAAGGAAGUGACUGACCGACUCUCCACAAGUCCUCCCAGCAGCUCUCCAGAUAACUGCACAGAUAAUGACCACUACAUGGAUGAUCAGUAUUGGCCUGAAGAUCUCAACCUGGACUGCAAAUGAAGGCUCACUCUUGGGGGAGGAGCUUGCUUUGGUCAUUUCAGAGAGACCCGUUUAAAGCUGUCUGCUCUGGGCAGUUGCCUUGCGGACCAUGGCUUAAGCCUCAGGACUUGGUCCUCAUCAGUUUGGUACCACUGUGGUAACUAUGGGGGAAUAGAUUUGAUCCUUUACUUAACAAUAUUCCAGCCCCCUCUAGCUCUGACCUGGAUAGCCAGAUCUUGGAAGCUAAGCAGGGUUGGCACUGGUUAGUAUUUGGG